AUGGAAUCGUAUGACUUAAUAAACGUUCUCAUGGACUAUUGGGAUAAAUACGAGAGGUAUUCAACAGACAGGAAUUCAACAAGCUACAUAACUAAAUACGAUGGUGCGCUUUUGCGUAUUGAAUCGGAGUGUGAUCUCGAGAAAAGAGCACUUCGAAUGCAAGAAGCAAUUGAAAUGCAAACAGGAACAGGAACCAGCGUGACACAGAAACUACCAGUUUUGAAAGGUCCACAAUUUGCCGAAGUACGACAGGCGUUGAAAACUUUGAGACAAAAGUAUGCAACAUUGAAUUCAAGGAGUAUUCCUCGAUUUAUCAAAAAAGAAAAAGAAAGACAGGCUGAGACUAUGCGACGGAUCAAGGAAGUUUCGAGACAAAAAAUACAGGCUAUUCUAAACGAAGAACGUCCUCGAUUCCUAAGAGAGGCGUAUGCUGCUCGAGAGCAAGCUGCACUAAACGUUGCUGCUCAACAACAACCGAAAGAAGUUGAGACUGAUUCAGUUCCACCAAGAAACGAAAGAAUGCCAAGGCCAAAUUACCGUGACGACGAUUCUUCUGAGGAGGAAGAUGACAACGACGAUCCACCAUAUCGAGUUUGA